GUAUUUCGUCACACCGAGAAUAUUGUUGUGAUGUAGUAAUGAAUGAAGUGACCUCAGACAGCAUGCUUUCAUUUGUAGCGAACACGUUGUGUUGCGAAGUUGGAAAUAAUAAUUUUAGAACUAUGCCAAGAGUUGUCCCUGAUCAAAGAUCUUCGUUUGACAACGACGAACUAUUUAGAAAAUUAAGCAGAGAGUGUGAGGUAAAAUACACAGGAUUUAGGGAUCGACCAACAGAGGAGAGACAACUUAGGUUUCAAACUGAUUGCAGGGAAGGACACGCAGAAAUAGCAUUUGUAGCAACAGGGACCAAUAUACCUCUUCUUUUUUCAUCAAAUGCCUGGUCGGAACGAGAAGAAGACCGAUUAACGACACGAGAGUUUGUAGAUUUUGACAGAGAACCAGGAAAAGUACAUUUAAAAUCACAGUUCAUAUUGAAUGGAGUAUGUGUUAUAUUUAGAGGAGCUUUAGAUUUAAUACGAUUAGAUGGCGUAGGCAGUUUAGAUUUCGACUCAGAUAGAGCCGAGGCGGAAGAUGCAAUGCUCAGAGAACAAGUAGAACAAUAUAACAGACGAAUACGAGACUUUGAAAUACGACAACAACAAUAUCGUGAUCAACAAGACCGAAGAGCAGAACAAGAGGCAGAGGUGAGUUCAUCCACACAAACCAGAGGUGCCAAAAUGAUUGCCGACCCUCCAGUUAGAAAUUUAACAUCCAAACAAGUCGUAGAAGUUCGCGUUCCAGUCCCGCUGAGACCAGUGGCAGUGAAUGACCCUCGUAGAAUGUUUCCAUUGAAACACCGCCAUUUGUACAUUUUGUAAAUACAGAGCUCAAAUAGAGAAGAAUAAUUUAUUUUUUAUCAAAAAUUUGUUAUAUAAGUAUUAAUAAGACAAGAUCCAUUGGUUAUAGCAAGCCUUUUGACAUUGUACGCAAAUAAUUAUGAGAAAUAAACAGUUGUCAGGCAUAGGUACAAAUAUAUGUGUUUUAUUUUCGGUAUUUUUUCUGUGGAAACAAUAUUUUUAUCUUUAAAGUAAACACUUUCAGUUAUUUAUGAAAUUGACUUCCAAAACUUGGGUCUAAAGCCAAAUGUAGGCAUUAUGCUUGUUUUAAAAGUCAUUCAUUUAUUUAAUAUGUAAUAACUCAAAUAAUUUGAAUGAUAUUUUGGAAAAACAAUUUUUAUCUUAAAAGAAUGAAAUAAGGAAAGUGAAACAUCAGUAUGUAUGUGGGUUGGCUUCACACUUAUAUGUUUUUAUGUGUGUUGGCUUCACACUUAUAUGUUUUAUGUGUGUUGGCUUCACACUUACAUGUAUUGUGUGUUGGCCUCACACUUACUUAGUUUAUGUGUGUUGGCUUCACACUUCCAUGUAUUUAUGUGUGUUGGCUUCACACUUUCAUGUAUUUAUGUGGGUUGGCUUCACACUUGCAUGUUUUUAUGUGGGUUGGUUUCACACUUACAUGUUUUAUGUGUGUUGGCUUCACACUAACAUGUAUUUAUGUGGUUUGACUUCAGACUUACAUGUUUUUAUGUGUGUUGGUUUCACACUUACAUGUAUUUAUAUAUGUGUUGGCUUCACAUUUACAUAUAUUUAUGAAUGUUGGCUUCACACUUACAUGUAUUUAUGUGUGUUGGCUUUACACUUACAUGUAUGUAUGGCUGAUAACUGUAAAAAAUUUGUUGAUUUAUUUGUUAUUAUUCAUAAGGUCAGAUCUUUGUGGAUGACCUUAAUGACUUAGAAGAUAUAUUAUUAGAGUAAUGUGAAAUGGCACUGGGUACUUUUGUAAAGUUAUACAAUUUAUGGCCUGGCUUUGAUGUUCUGUAAAAACGAUUUUUUUUCAUUAAGUGAAAGAGUAUAUUUAGGCCUCGUAAUUCAAGGCCUUGAGGCUUAAAAGACUUUUAUUUUGUUACUUUUAGCAUAACAUUACAUUUGUAUAGAGACCAUAAUAUAAAAAUUUAGUAUCAAUUUUUAAUAUAUGCUUAGAAUUUGUCAAAAGUCUUUAAAAAUUGCUUUAGCAUAAUUUUCUGUGACCUUUGUACUGUAAAUCUCUAUUGAGAAUUAAUUUACAUGUGAUGUAAUUAUAGUUGAAAACAUUGAGAAUUUGUAAUUCUUAACUAAAUCUAUUGAAAAACUGAUUUUAAUGAGAUAUUUUCCUCAACAUAGUACAGGAAGACAUGGUAGAAUAGAAUCUAAAGCUAUUAGUCCACCUAUAAUAAAGUUUAAAAUACUAAAGAGUCCUUAUAGAAGAGUUCAGUGCAUGUAGAUUUUGGUUUGUAGAAAUGGUGAUCCUACUUAUAGCAUAAAUCUUUCAUGUUUUAACCAAUUUCUUUAAAAUCAUUCAUUUUGUGAAAAUUUUAUCAAGAAAUUUUGCGAAAAUUUUAUGGUUACAUUGGAUGGUAUUUUAAACGAUCUCAAUAAAAUCAAAAUGGAAUGGACCACUUGCAAGAAAACUGGUUAACAGAUGAAAAUCAUUUGUAACAUUAGUAAAUAAUUACAUUUUUAAAUUGAGUUUUUAUAUGCUUAUAGACUUUUUGUUCAAUUGCAGUUAUUUUACAUUCCACUUCAAGAAUGCUGCAUAAAACAUAUUUUUACAAUUAAGGGGUGAAAAUUCAUCAUAUUUUUAUAUUUAUGUCACCUUUUUUUUCUAAACUUUUGAUAAUUUACCUAAAACAUGAUGUCAAAUUGAAAAAAAUAUGAACCCUCCCACAGGUAUAUUUCUUGUAAAAUAAGAAAAUCUUGAAUUUUUAUGCGUUACAAAUAUUAAAAGAUUUGAGACAAUAUUAUCAUCAAAUUUUCAUAUUUUGUAUAUAAUUUCAUGGUAUGAAAUUUCAUAUUUGUUUAGAAUAAUUUUUUUGUUUAGAAAUAUUUAUUUUCUUCAUGUGUUUUGCUCAUUAACCAAUAUCAGAUAACCUGACAUUUUUUUAAAGACAGGAUAUUGUUUCAUAUUCGUUUUUUUAAUUCUGUAAUGAACCUUGACCUUAUAAAACCUUAUAUGAUUGGGAAAAUAAAAUUUCAAAUACCAUGUAAAAACUUGUAGAAUUUUAUGUCAAAAUAUUUAUAUUAUGAGGCUGAUUUUAUUCUUUCUUUAUUUUCAAUAUCAUAUUUUUUGUUUUUUGAAAUAUUCUAGAAAGAUUUGCAUUUUCAACUAAUGUCAUAAAAUUGUAAAAUUAAAAUAAAAUUAUCCUAUUGGAAUAUUACCAUUUAUAACUUCAAUAUUUUUUGUUGUUCUUUCUGUUAUUCUUAAAACAUUUUAUUUUAUCAUUGGUAUAUGUUUGAUUAUUUCUUUUCUUUUAUAUUGUUUUGUUUUUUUAAAAACUAUGCUCACAUCAUUAAUUUGGACAUCUUAUUAUUAUUUAAAAGAUAGUUCAGCAUUAUUUGUCUAAAUAAGGAUGCAUGAUGAUAGCAUUGGUUUUUGUCUCACCUGGAAGCAGUUGUAUAAGCAUUGGCACAUCUCAUUUUCCAUGGAGAUUGUUUAGCCAUGCACCUUCAGUCAUGGUUCAUUGACUUUGAAUAUUGGCAUAACUUACAUGUUAAAGUAUUACAAUUUUAAUUUCAACAUUUGCAUUAUCAAAAUAAUAAAAAGGCGAGACAUAUCUCUGUGUUAACAGUUUAUUUAAACAUUCUAGUCAAUUUUGUUGUUAUUUGUUUUAUUAGUGGCCGUGUUGGUCAUAUUGCAUUAUUUCAUUAAUCUGAGAUGUAUAUUUAGGUUCAUGUUCAUGAUUACAAAGAAUUCUAAAAACAUAUCAGAAUUUAAUCUGUUUAAAACCUGUAUCAUAAUAUAUUGUAUACCAGGUUUUAUUUUAUGUUAUUUUUGGUAUUUUGAUUUACACCUUUGUAAGAAUAUUGUUGAGUUUAUUUUUCUAAUCCUUUUUAUAAUGUUUUAAUGUUUCGUUUGUUGCAAAAUAUGUCAUUUCUUGUGCUUGAAUAUUUCAUUGGUUGCUUUCAAUUGAUUGUAUGAUAAACAUACUGGAAUGUAAGCAGUAAAUUAGAAAUCUAUUAAAAAAGUGAUUAAGAAAACUGUCCUCCUGACUCUUUUUACAUCACUACAUUCCCCCUUUCAUGAAACAUUUUUAAUCAUUAAUGGCAAGAGAUUUUUAUUUCCUUUUGCAUCCUAAGUAUAUUUUUAAGGAUCUAGAUGGGAUUUACAGAAUAGAGAUUAAUGGGUAAAAAGUACAGAAUAAAGGGAAAAAAUGUAAGAAUAAUGAAAAAUAGGCCAAAAAAAUAAAGAGUAGAGAAUAGUAGGGUGCUAAAUUAUAAAGAAUAGAGAAUAAUAUGCAAAAAAUAGGCAAAAAAUAUAAAGAAUAGAGAAAAAUGACAAAAAACUAUUGAAGACUACAGAAAUGAAAGCCCCUCCCCAUCCAGACCCUCUUGUAACAUUUUCUAUACAACAAUUUGCUUUCAAAAGAUCUUUUUACUAGAUGAUUGUCUAAAAUAAAACAUGAGUCUGUGAUUAACAGAUGUAGUUUCUUCAUUAGAAAAUAGACUAUGACCGACUAUGUGUGUGAUGCUUUCUAGGAUGGGAGAUAACUCUUCCAAUUUACUUUUUUAGGAUGGGAAAUAACUCUUGCAAUUUACUUUUUUAGGAUGGGAGAUAACUCUUUCAAUUUACAAUAAAAAGGGAUUAUUCAACAUAUUAUUGACUGACAAUAGUAAUGCAAAGAUUUUCUUUUUUGAAUUUUACAACUGCUGAUGUAUAGCCAUAGUUUGUGUUAUGUC